GCUCAGGCUAUUUCCACUCUCAAAGUCGACACGCUUUUGGUAUGCUCUAUGAUAUUGCCCACCAACGUCCGGGUGUAUCUGUAAUGACUCUGAAUGAGGUCAUCCGCGACACGGCAGGAAAUCUGGAGAGGAUUACGCUGAACCACCGUUUCGCCCUCGCUAGCGCUCUCGCUACUACUCUGCUCGACUUCCACAAAGCAAGUUUAGUACACAAAAGCAUUUCUUCACACAAUAUCAUCUUCUUCUCGAGGCAUGGGCCAUGCAUUGAUGAUCCAUAUCUCAUCGGCUUCAACUACUCCAGACCCAACCAGCCAAAAGCAUUUACAACAGGCCCACCACCGAGCCUAACGGCGCGAAAGUACUACCACCCGUCAUACACAAGUGAGGCAUCACGUCGAGGCGAGCGUUUUCGAUUGGACUACGAUUAUUAUGGCCUUGGACUUGUGCUUGUGGAGAUUGGCUUAUGGGACAGACUAGAGAAUUUCAAGGGCAACUCGCCUACGGAGCUAAAGAACAGGCUUCUGAAGACUCAGGUUCCGCUCCUAGGGCACACGGUCGGGCAAUCAUAUAGGAAGGCAGUUGAAGCCUGUUUGAUGGGGCCAUUUGGUAG